UAAUCAAUGGAUGGCAACGAUGUCCUGAGCAGAUACUGACCGACCUCCAGGUCACGACAUUGUCGAAUAAAGACAUUUUAAGCAAGCGAUCUACCCGGAAUUAAAGGACGAGGUCAUCAUGGGUAGCAAAGUCAGCUCCAAAAUGGCAGCUCCUGCCGCCCGUGUAAUUCAGGCUAUCAGGCCCCGUGCCCCUCUGAUAAAGUUUCCUGACCGGCUAGGGGUGGCAAAGCCUAAUGCCUCUGAAGCAAUACAAGUAUUGGCAGUGAACAUGGCACAACAGAGCCCUCCCAAUUCCAUGUCGGUAGGGACAACGCCUCCCUACCGACCUGCGGUCCCUUUCACUAGGCUUCCUGGAUCCCCAGACACCCUGGCCUCUAUCAAGCUGGUACCCCAGCGGUAUCGUAGGAGACCCAUGGUGGUGGAGGAGAUGGAGUACAUCCAGCGUGGUGGGCCGGAGUGAACUAUGGCACAGUGCGAACAUUAAAUAGACCUUAUCUGCAGAAAUCAGCACUUCUUUUCAACAUUAUUCUACAUCACAAGGACACCUUCUGCCACAAUGCAUCACAGACAUAAUGCAGAAUAAUGUAUGAGAUGAUUCAUGUUGAAAAUGUACAUAUUAAAUGUGUUUCUUAAAAAUUGUAUAGACUUUAUGCUUGUCUUGUGUCUAAAUUGUACAGGAGAUUCAAUUCCCAUCAUGUUCUCCCAGACACAGUCAGGCAUUCUAUCAUUUAUUUUUACCUUUGGACCAAUAGCUGGACAAACUGCACUCCAUUGUUUUCCAAUUACAGUAUAAAGCAUUCAAUAAGGCCUGUUUUACCCUUCUGAAGCCAAUAGCUAGAUACAAUGUAAAGGCUGGAGUACAUUUAAGACAAAAAGGGUUAAUAGAUUUUUAAGCUGUUGGUUAGUUCCAUUGCAAUAAUCUAUCCAGAGUAUUAUUGUUGAGUGUUUCUGCAGGGAUUGGGGCUAAGGAAGAAAGCAAAUAUACUGGGAAUGCAUUUACAUUAAAUGCUGAUUUUGAAUGAUUAAAAUAUUUAAGUUUA